GGAGCAGCGAGCGGAAGAGGUCUGGGGCGGUGGGUGAGGCUCCGAGACCGUUUGGCGGUGGUGAGUCCCGGGCCAGCCCGAGCUCCAAGUCCCAGAGUCGAGGAGACGCCGAAAGCAGCGGAAGAACUUGAGGUCAGAGCAGUCGCCGCUGGCUGCUGCUGCCCUGCCUCUGCCGCCGCAGAAGCCUCCGCCCUCGCCGCCGAAGACGCGGCCCUGACAGGCCUGUAGGCCUAGGCGCGGCCCGCUGAGCAGACGUGUUGCCGCCGGUGCAGCUGUGAGUAAUCCGAGCGUCCUCUGCACGGUCGUUUACAGAUUAAAAUGGAGGAAAUUUCGUUGGCUAACCUGGAUACUAACAAGCUAGAGGCCAUCGCUCAGGAGAUAUACGUAGACCUGAUAGAGGAUUCUUGUUUGGGCUUCUGCUUUGAGGUGCACCGGGCAGUCAAGUGUGGCUACUUCUACCUGGAAUUCGCAGAGACUGGUAAUGUGAAAGAUUUUGGCAUUCAGCCAGUGGAAGAUAAAGGAGCAUGUCGCCUCCCGCUUUGCUCCCUUCCUGGAGAAUCUGGAAAUGGGCCUGAUCAGCAGCUGCAGCGCUCACCUCCGGAAUUCCAGUAGCUGCAAGAUGAGCGUCUGAGGGUGACCAGGACUAUAACAUAGACCAGUCCUGUGGUUUGGAGAAGUUAGGUAGCUAAGUAGAAGAAAAAAAAAAAAAAAUCGGACAAAAGUCCCAAUUCCCAUUGAAGAUCCUAGCCUUUAAAAACCCGAAGUGGAGAAUUUAGGAAUUCGGAUCCUUUUUUGUGUAUUAACUUGGAUCAGCUUUGAAACCCUGGAUAGGAGGACCUGUGCUGUGUAUCCUGCACACCAUGCAGUGCUUGAUUUCUAAACACACAAGAAAGUGCACAAGAACCCUGUACUAUCCCCAGUGCACAGGUGAGCAGCUGUGUGCUCAGUAUAUAAAGUUCUUUGGUUCCUCAGCCUUUCUGCCUGUCUGAUGUCAAGGGCUUUCUGGACAACUGACAGUUUGGACAUAAGUGAUGGUCAGGCCUUAAUCAUUGGGCCACAGUGGGACUGCACCUCUGAUCUCUGAGCCUCUGAUUUGGGCUUCUGCAAGACGAAUGAAAGUCAGGUAUGAGAUCUGGAUGUUAAUCAUUCCAAUUUUGAAAACCAAGAAAAACAAUUUCCAGCUGAAUCUGGUAAGAGAAGCUCUGUGAUACUGACUCCAACAAGAAGAAAAGCUCAAAGCCACCAGUUUCCCAGAGGUCCAGCAUUUACAAUGACUUAAACAGACUUGGGGAUGUGGGCUAGCCUUUUGCUGAACAGAGCCCUCUUUCCUGCACCUCACCUGGUGGCAUAGGCUUAGCAGAUGAACAACUUGGUUAUCCAGGCAGGCUGAGGAUUAAGUUUUGCUCCCUUGGGGAAAUAGCAGGGCUUCUGCAACUAUGCACGAUCUUUCAAAUUGCAAGAUUCAUAUCUGGAUAUAUUAUGCUGUGGACAGCAGUUUGGCGGGGCAUUUUUCUACUCUGAAUUACUAGUUACCUAGCCAGGAUCUGACUUGGUUAUUAUGCCAGGUCACUACCUGCCUCCCACUUUAGGGGCGGGAGUGAACUAUGGAAGAGCAUCAUGGCUGUGCAGGAGGCUGUGGUUUGAAAGCUGAGGCCAGAGGGGGCCUUUUCCAUCUGCACUCAAUAAUGUGAAUGGGUUAAUGCUAGGAGCAAAGGAGCAGGACUAGGUCCUUCCUCUCUCAUCUGACUGUGCAGUAUCCUAUUGAGCGCCCCUGUUCCUGGGGUUGGGCAUUCACAGAGCUCUGUUACAGUGAACAUCUAGACUGUCAACACCUCUGCCCCUCACAAAGGGCAGCCCUUUCCACUCAGUCCUCUGAACCAUUUUGACAACAAGAGCUGUCCUUUUGUUGUUGGAAGUCAGGGAAGGGCCUCCAGAAAUCCCCUGGCUUUAGGAAAUGUGAUAGGGGAAGAUGGGAAGUGUGAGCUGCAUAUCAAAAUUACUCUCCACUUGACUCCCUGAUUGCAGUGUAUGAAGUAGAGGGGUGGGAGCCCCAAGGUGAGCGAGAACGGUGCUGCUUUAUUUGAAAUGUUUUCUUACCUCAUUCUAUGCCCCAAAAAAAGGGGCCCAGCCUCUUUUUCUGGCUUGGCCCUGUGUACUCCUGUCCCCUGCUCCAAUACCUGUCUGGUGCAGCUCAUGACCUGGGUGCUGCCUGCCACUCUGCAUUCACACUGACCAGUUUCAGUUUAUUUCUCUUGAUGCUCCUGCUUCUGAAGCCUGCCCAGUUUCUCUUUACUUGGCUUCUAUUAAAUUUGUUUUGUUUUGUACUGUUUUCUUGUUUUUGUUAGAGAUUCAGAGAAGAAUCUUAUGGCUCCCUCUUUUGGGAUUAGGAUGGGAAGAGAACAUAAUUUUUUUGUAUAUGAAAAGUAGUUCUCUUAUAGGACUACCUUGCUGGUAUGCCUUCCUGCUGUGUCUUACUUCCUGAGGAGUUAUAUCCGCCCACCUCAACUUGGAUACUACCUAGUAGGACCUAAACAGAAAAGCAGUAAAGGCUAACUGACACAGGGAUGGAGCAGAUUCAGAUCCAUUUUCUCUAAUCCUUGCUGUGCAUGUAUCCUUUAUCCCAGAAGGGUCUGUUUGGACUGUAUGGACUGAUUUGGGUUACAUAUUCUAGAGGGAUAGGGGAAUCAUAAUAAUAGGGCCCCAAGACUAUUACUACAUUCUCCCACUAGAGUUGUCCUGCCCAGGGUCAGGGCCAAGCUAGAGAUUGUUCUUCAAUCCAAGACUUGUAAUAACUAAAAAGUCAAACCUUGGCAAGAGCUAAAAUAAUUUGGGGUUAUCUGCCCUUGACUUUUUUUUAUAGACAUCUCCUUCUAAGGGGAUGCAAAGGGAAAGGAGGGUCUAAGUGAGACUCUGGCCUUCUUACAAGUGAGAUUUGGGAAACAGGCUGAAGGUAAGGCCAUUGUCUGCUCUUCAGAGAGGGAGCUCAUAUUGUGACAUUGCUGUUUCCUUUCUGGCCUUUUCUCCUAGUUAGAGGAGGCAGAAGCGGAAAGAGUUUUGUGUAAUGGUUGCUUCAUUUUACCUCUCUCUUGGUUUGUGUUUUUGUAUUUUGCCCUCCAUUCUUAGGGCAGUAGCCUCCUGUCCUGGAUGGAUAUGAGGUGGACUAGGUCCAGCAGGUGCCCUUGGGGACAAACUUAACUGCUUUCUUUUAGGGGGAGAGAAUGCUCCCUACCAUAUAGUUGACAGUGGUUAGGAACUCUCCCUUUCCCUACUUAUCUUCUAACAGCAGAAUUCCCGUCCUUCUCUUCUCAAUUAAGUGUAUUGAUCACCCUGUAAUUCUAUUAUGUAUCUGAGUGUGUGUGUGUGUGUGUAAGGGGUGGGGGGUGGGGGAUGGGGUUCUUUACAAAUUUCUGUGGUUUGUGGCUUUUCCUUCCAUACAUUAGUUCCCACCAAACCGCAUGCCCAGGGGCCAUUGCCUGGCAUUAUCGCAUGCUGGGGUCAUUCGGGAAGUGUAGUGAAGCUCACCACUGUCCUUUGUUUGGAGAGUCUUAUUUUUGCAUAAGUAGUUCAUCCUAUACAGAUUGCUAACUAACUGUGUACUCCUCUUGCCCCUAUGGCUGCUGGUGUAAAUAAACUGCAUCUCCCCAUUGGUAAACAAUAAUAAUAAACAAAAUUUUAAAAAACGA